AUGAUAGAUCUUAUUCACUUCCAAACUGAGAAGGGAGGUAAUCCCGAUAUCGUCCGUGAAUCCCAGAAGAAGAGAGGAGCAAGUGUGGAGUUGGUAGAUGAGGUGAUUGAGAUCUUUGGCGCUCACAAGCAAGCCCAGUUCGAGAAAGAAGGUGCCCAACGUGAACUGAACGCCCUUCAAAAAGAGAUUGGACAAAUCAAGAAAGCCAAAGGAGACGCCUCAGAGUUGUUAGCCAAGAAAGCAGAAUUGGACAAGAAGAUUGCGGAUUUGGUUACCAAGACGAACGAAUUGGUCACGCUGAGAGAUAAGAAAGCUGGUUUGAUUGGGAAUAUCGUUGAUGAGAGGAAUGCCGUUUCGAUGAACGAGGAUGACAACGCUAUCCUGCGAGUGUGGCACCCCGAGCCCAACCACAAAGGUAAUUCCGGUACCGGUCUAGCUUUAGAAGAUAAAUCGGAAGGUAUAUUAUCUCAUCACGAGGUUUUAUACAGAUUAGAAGCGUACGAUACCGAUAGGGGUGUCAAGGUAUUUGGACAUCGUGGUUUCUACUUGACCAACGAUGGUGUAGAUCUCAAUCAAGCUUUAAUCUCUUACGGAUUGGAUUUCUUGAGGAAAAAGUCUUACAAAAAAAUUCAACCUCCUUUUAUGAUUAAGAAAGAUAUCAUGGCUGCCACUGCUCAAUUAUCCGAAUUCGACGAAGCGUUAUAUAAAGUCACUGGUGAUUCUGAAGAUAAAUAUUUGAUUGCCACUUCGGAACAACCUAUCUCAGCUAUGCAUAUGGAUGAGAAUAUUCCUCCUCAGAAUUUACCUUAUAGAUACGCUGGUUACUCUACUUGUUUCAGAAAAGAAGCUGGUUCGCACGGUAAGGACACUUGGGGUAUUUUCAGAGUACAUCAAUUCGAGAAGGUCGAGCAGUUUAUCAUUUGUGAACCCGACAACUCCCCUGCCGAACUCGAUCGAAUGGUAGAGACCUCUCGAGAAUUCUACGAAUCGCUUGAAAUCCCUUACAGAGUAGUCAACAUCGUUUCUGGUGCUUUGAACAACGCCGCUUCGAUCAAAUACGAUUUGGAAGCUUGGUUCCCCUUCCAAGGCGAAUACAAGGAAUUGGUCAGUUGUUCAAACUGUACAGAUUAUCAAUCAAGAUCGUUGAACGUCCGAUUGGGAUUCAAGACUAAAGAUACUAAAGUCGGUUUCGUACAUAUGUUGAACGGUACCUUAUGUGCUACCGAACGAGCUUUGUGCUGCAUUGUUGAGAACUACCAGACUCCAGAGGGUCUCCGAAUCCCCAAAGUACUUCAACCAUAUAUGCAAGGAAGGGAAUUCUUACCUUAUACCGCUGAGUUGCCAAAGGGAACUACCAGUCAAAAGCAGAAGAAGUGA